GACGGGGAGGCCGAGCCAUUGAGGGGGGGCGGGAGAGAAGAUGUCGCUGAUGGUGGAGCAGGCGGCCGUGGCUAAUGGACCUCAUUUGGCGGCCCAGGAACACGCACUUGCGGCGACGAGGAUUUUUAGCUCCCAGCCUAGGCUGACCUACAAGACAGUGUCUGGUGUUAAUGGACCAUUGGUGAUCUUGGACCAAGUAAAGUUUCCAAGGUUUGCAGAGAUUGUACAUUUGACUCUACCUGAUGGAUCCAUUCGAAGUGGACAAGUUCUGGAAGUUAGUGGCAGUAAGGCUGUUGUACAGGUGUUUGAGGGGACAUCAGGUGUUGAUGCCAAAAAAACAGCAUGUGAAUUUACAGGUGAUAUACUUCGCAUAUCUGUUUCGGAGGAUAUGCUUGGUAGAGUGUUCAAUGGAUCAGGGAAGCCUAUUGACAGAGGGCCAACUGUAUUGGCUGAAGAUUUUCUAGAUAUUAUGGGUCAACCUAUAAAUCCACAAUGUCGUGUAUACCCUGAAGAAAUGAUCCAAACUGGAAUCUCAGCAAUAGAUGGUAUGAACAGUAUUGCUAGGGGACAGAAGAUUCCUAUAUUUUCAGCAGCAGGCUUGCCCCAUAAUGAGAUUGCUGCCCAGAUUUGCCGUCAAGCUGGACUGGUUCAAAAAUCCAAAGAUGUCAUGGACUAUAGUGCAGAGAAUUUUGCCAUUGUAUUUGCUGCUAUGGGAGUUAAUAUGGAAACUGCAAGAUUCUUCAAGUCUGAUUUUGAAGAAAAUGGAUCAAUGGACAAUGUCUGUCUCUUCUUGAAUCUUGCAAAUGACCCAACCAUUGAACGCAUUAUUACACCUCGUCUUGCACUGACUACUGCAGAAUACCUGGCCUACCAAUGUGAAAAGCAUGUGUUGGUUAUUUUAACAGAUAUGAGUUCUUAUGCUGAAGCUUUAAGAGAGGUUUCAGCAGCUCGGGAAGAAGUACCUGGCCGUCGUGGUUUCCCAGGUUAUAUGUAUACUGAUCUGGCUACUAUCUAUGAACGAGCUGGACGUGUGGAGGGCAGAAAUGGAUCCAUUACACAGAUUCCUAUCCUUACUAUGCCUAAUGAUGAUAUCACUCACCCUAUUCCUGACUUAACUGGAUACAUCACUGAAGGGCAGGUCUACGUUGACCGUCAGUUACACAACAGACAGAUUUAUCCACCUAUUAAUGUUUUACCAUCUCUCUCACGAUUAAUGAAGUCAGCCAUAGGGGAAGGUAUGACACGGAAAGAUCAUCCUGAAGUCUCUAAUCAGCUGUAUGCUUGCUACGCCAUUGGCAAAGAUGUCCAAGCCAUGAAAGCUGUGGUUGGUGAGGAAGCUCUCACACCUGAUGAUCUGUUAUAUUUGGAAUUUCUGCAAAAAUUUGAGAGAAAUUUCAUUGCACAAGGUCCAUAUGAAAACAGGACUGUAUUUGAAACUUUGGAUAUUGGCUGGCAAUUGCUCCGAAUAUUCCCCAAGGAGAUGUUGAAACGUAUUACUCAAAGUACACUGGCAGAAUUUUACCCAAGAGAUGCUGCUAAACAUCAGUGAAAUCCCAAAUUCAACAGUGGAAGAUUUAUUUUCAUACUUCGUAAGAAUACAUUUCAUACCGAAGCAUUCUAUACUUAACACACUCCAGCAAUUGUUUAUAAUUCAUCUUUUUGUAUUGUAAAAAGAAAGCUAUACAAAUCAAAGUAUUAAAUUGGAAGUCCAUAAAACCUUUUGUUUUGAAAAAGUCUGAAUGCUAAACCUUGCAGAAAACUGUUUACAGCAAUUGAAAUCAUUUGUUUACAACUUCUUCACCAGUAUAUGCAUAGAACUAAAUUUAGAUUUAUCUGGUUUUAUUGGGGAUGAGAGCAAUCAGUUUAACUGAUCAAAAUGGUAAGCAUUCUGAUCUCAAAAGAUGAAAUGGAUAUAGAAGAAUAUAAUUAACAAUUUGCAUCAGCUAACUAAGCCCGAUUUAUCUUGAGGAAAUUAGGAUAUUGAAAGUUUAUGGCAAUUUAUUCAUGCACAGCUUAUUACCAAGCAUAUAGAAAGGAAUUAUUUAAAUUGUACUUUCCUAUACAACUCUUUUUUUUCCAAAGAUAACUAACUGGAAGAUAUGUUGAUAAAGGCUCAACUGUAAAAAUAUUUUUCUUGAUGAAUUAUGGAGAAAUUAAUUAAAAAAAGGAUUUGCAUUUACUGUAUCCUUAUUCUUUUCUAAACUUAAAGGAAAUUAUUUUAAUUUGUUAUAAUUCAUUGUG